AUGGCUAACACUUUUCCUCCGAAGCUCACUGUGCUCGAGAAGCUUGAUUUGAUCCCUGCAAACAUUUCUCUCGUCGCAACCGCGAUCUACGCAGCCAUUACUGGUAUAUUCCGAGGGCAAAAAGGGGCCAAGUCGUAUAUGAAACACAUUAACUAUGCUGUUAUUCGCAAGAUGUUGCAGCGACUUUCCACUAGACAAAAUCAAGCAACAAAUCCUUCAACAAGUGGUGCUUAUGAAAUAUUUGCGAGGCAGAACAAGAUCGAAGCCCAAACCGUGCAAUUAAAUUAUGGUGGCUUGGGCCAUUGGCUUGGGAAUAAGGAUGCAAAAAAUGUCCUUGUCUAUUAUCAUGGCGGUGGAUUUGCCAUCUCAGCCGGUACCGCAUACUUUCAGGUAUUAAAGGGAAUAAUGGAGGAGCUCAACGCUGCAGGGAAAGAUAUUGCUAUCUUUGUACUCACGUAUACUCUCGCACCACAUGCCCUAUACCCAACACAGGUGAAACAAGCGGUUGAAGCCCUCCGCCACGUCAUUCAAGCAGGCCACGAUCCUUCAAAUGUUGUCAUCGGAGGUGAUUCUGCUGGUGGAAAUCUCACACUCGCGGUCCUUUCCCACAUCUCACACCCGCAUAAGGAUAUUAAGCCGCUGGAAAUCUCAUGUCCGCUAGCUGGUGCAUUCACGAUUGCCCCGUGGGUUUCAUUUUCCCAGGAUUUCCCUUCUGUUAAGGAGAAUGCGCUUAAGGACAUCAUCAUGCCUGAGCUUACCGAAAGAUGGAGCUCAAGUUACCUUGCAGGCCAAGAGACAGACAAUUAUAACCAGCCACUUCUUGCCCCAGCGGAAUGGUGGAAGGACAUCAAGGCAAGAGAUUUACUCAUCGUUGCGGGCUCUGACGAAAUCCUGCUUUCUUGUAUCGAGGAAUUUGUUGAGAAGCUGAAGUAUUUGAACCGAGGGGAAGCCGCUGCUAACUCAUAG